AUGUCACCGUAUCGAUUGGUAUUUGGUAAGGCCUGUUAUUUACUAGUGGAACUAGAGUACAAAGCUUACUGGGUUGUGAAAAAGCAGAACGUUAAUCUCUUUAUGGCGGGACAGAAUAUGGUUAUGGAGUUGUACGAGCUCGAUGAAUUUCGGAAUAAUGCCUAUGAGAAUGCAAGGAUUUAUAAAGAAAAGUCCAAGGCCUUUCAUGAUAAGAGGAUACUUAGGAAGGAUUUCCAACUGGGAGACAAAGUGUUGUUAUUUAACUCUCAGUUAAAGCUCUUUCCGGGUAAAUUGAAGUCGAGAUGGUCAGGACCAUACACAAUUGUUGUCUCAUUGCCUUAUGGAGUAGAGCAAGUUCAUAGCGAGAAAAUAGGACACUUUAAGGUGAAUGAUUUUUUCUAUGAAUUGGAGAAUGGAGAGGAAAUGAGUGGAUUUGAUGAUGAAAAUGGGUAUUUUGGGCGUCUUUAG